AUCCAGGGAUCGCUAUCCAACACCUUGCGCUCACAGCCAGCCUCGGCUACACGCCCCUAGCGCUGAAGCCUCGCCUGCGCACUUCCCCUCAAGCGAGAAAUCCGCACAAAGGGCGAGCCAUCGCGCUGCGGAGCGGGGAGGUUUUUCUCUCACCAAACACGGGCAUCGUGGGCAUGCUCAACUUCCGAGAGCUGCCAAUGGGUGUGCCCGGACGCGUUCAGUUUCAUUGACAUGACACGUGAGAAGCUUUUCUGGAUGACAAAUUGCCUUCCUCAAGGCUGCUGGCCGCUGACAACCUGCCCCCCAUUCCAUCGCUCGGGCCCAUCGCGGACGAAUAGAACCGGCGCGGGGUCUCCAACCUUCUCUCUUUCUCCUUUAGGAAGGCACGGAAGCGGGCAGCCAUGCAAAUCUUCGUGAAGACCCUCACGGGUAAGACCAUCACCCUCGAGGUGGAGUCUUCGGACACCAUCGAGAAUGUGAAGGCCAAGAUUCAGGACAAGGAGGGCAUCCCUCCGGACCAGCAGCGUCUGAUCUUCGCCGGCAAGCAGCUGGAGGACGGCCGCACCCUGGCGGACUACAACAUCCAGAAGGAGUCCACCCUCCACCUGGUGCUGCGUCUGCGCGGUGGUAUCAUUGAGCCCUCGCUGCAGGCCCUGGCCCGCAAGUACAACCAGGAGAAGAUGAUCUGCCGCAAGUGCUACGCCCGCCUGCACCCGCGCGCCAAGAACUGCCGCAAGAAGUCGUGCGGCCACACCAACCAGCUGCGCCCCAAGAAGAAGCUCAAGUAAACCUUGGGCCCACCUCUUGGCGCCCUGGCACACGCGGGCGAGCCGCCCCGCGCCCGCGUGGCCUGCGGCAGCGGCGGCAGCAGCAGCGGCUGCGGCGGGAGGCGACGACGGCGGACGGUCCUCUCGCGGGCCGCUGCGCUUUUUUGAUGCUCCGCUGUGGAUGGCGCGGUGACCCCCCGGCGAGCUCUCCACUCGCCGGGGACUAGCACACGGGUCUCUGUUCUUCCGAGCGCGCGGGGUGACCCUCCGCUGUGGGACAGGAGCAUCUGCGCUUUGUAACAGAAGCAGGAGU